AUGUGGAAAAAGUGUGGAGAGAGGCCAGGCCUUUUCCACAUAACAUUGAGUGCAUCACAAAAUCCACCAGCUCACCAGUUAACACAUAGGAUCAAAGUGGCAGAGAAACUCAUUCGAGAUUUCCCAGAGGGAUUCACUCGCCAAGCAUCUAGAAACUUGCUUGGAACUUUCUAUUUUUAUGAUAGUCAGUUUUCAAAGGCUGUCAAAACAUUUCAAGAAGUUCUUAAUAGAGAUUCAAAAUCACUAACUGCUUCUGCAAAUCUUGCGUUCGUUUAUCAGAGACUGAAGAUAAACUCUAAAGCAUCACAAUAUGAAUCUAAAGUAUCGAUAAAUGACCCAGAGGGCCAAGGCAUAGUUCUAGCUGAUCAAGCCUUUGCACUUUUAUUUGAUUGUUAUGUUGAAAAAGACAUUUUAGAUAGGAACAUACUUCCUAAAGAACUAUUUUGCCAAAGUCUGUUAAAGCUGGAAAAUAGUAAUCGUCAUCAGUACAUCACUGAGAUACAGUAUUGGCUCGGGGUAACGUGUAGCCGUCUGUACCGUCAGUGUCCCAAAAGAAAAGGAACAGAAACUUUAGCAAAGGAAUGUUACCUGAAAGGGAUUCAAUUAUUUACAGAGGUCAUUAAAUACGAAAGUAAUGGCGGACUUACUAAGGAAUUCGUAUCAACAUCAUGGGUCAAUAUAGGAAUUUUCUUGUCUAAAACUACAGAACACAUUGACGAUGAUAUAAAACGCCAUCUCCAGAAACUAGAUUUAUUGCAAUAUUUGCAAAAUCCCGAGAAAUGUUUUAAAUUAGCCCUACAAUGUGUGUCCGUUGAUGAAUCGCAGUGUCACUCAGAAUUACAACCUUCAAAUGAAGUAUUAAACAGAUAUGCUAUUUUUCUCAUGUCUAGUAAAAGAAACGAGGAAGCUUUAGCAAAGUUAAAUCAAUCUUUGUCUAUAGAUAAUAGCCAAGGAAACUGGUUUUCUCUGACAUUACGAGCUAAAGUACUGUCUAACCUAGGCAGGACUGAUCAAGCUAUUUAUGACUGGGAGAAGUCCUGUUCCUGGAAUGGGAUUCCUACAGACUGGUGUGAGUUGGCAAAAGCCUAUCAUUCAAAGUACAAGUCGUGUGUAAUUAGCGACCAAGACACUGCCCAAGACUGUCUUUUGAAAGCCUCUGAUUAUUUUUUGCGUGCUGUCCAAAACCUUUGGCAAGAAAAAAGACCAGAAAUACAUUGUGCAUAUGGGGAAUUUUUGCGCGAUAUUGGAGAAGUGCGAGAAGCCAUUGAAUGUUUCAAGAGAGCAAUUGAAGUUGAAACUCCUGACAAAGCAACACACAGCUUUUGCUUAUUAUUUGAAACUCUUCUCCAAUUCUACAAAAGUUGUAGAGAAAAUUCAGAAAAAACGGAAGAAGAAUUGAAUAAAUUAUUAGAUGAAAUGACGUACCUCUAUGACGUGGAAUUACGAAAACAUGGGGAUUUGAAAAAUGAAACGAAAAACUUCAUAAGAUAUUUUGAAGAAGAAAUGUCAUUAUUGACAGCUUACUUUAAGUAUUAUAGAAGUCAACCUGCAUUUUAUGUUGAUGGAAAGAGUUUAUCCAAUUUUAUCACAUCUACAGUGGAGCCUGAAAAUAUAGAAAAAUGGAUGACUUUGGUCGAAGAAAAUGUAAAACAAAUUCAUGAUCGAGACAAAUUUAAACAAGUUGAAAGUGUUUGUUCAAAAUGUGGCGGUGGUGGUAUCAGACGACAACUCUCAUUUUUUCCCGAACCACGAGUUAAACCUCGAAGUCUGCAAUACCCUUUUGAUUUCUACGUCAUAUUUUCACCACCUGAUAGGGAUUGGGUUUGUCACGUGUUGUUGCAAACCCUUGAGGUAUCAUACGGAUAUAAAGGUGCUGUGGCAGAGAGGGAUAUGAUUCCAGGUACUAACGAACUCUUUGAGAGGGUCUCUUUUAUACAAAACUGUCCCAAAAUACUUGUGAUUCUGCGCCAGGAGUUUGAAAAUUAUCCAGAGUGUAAUUUUGAAUUAGCUCAUGCUGUUCUCAGAAUGAAAGACAAAGACUCGGAGCGAAUUGUGGUUCCAAUAUGUCGAACCAUCAACGGCAUGCAUCCAGUGUUGAAAACAAUUACAUACUUAAAUGCGGUCGAUGACUGCAACUGGAAUAAACUCAUAAGAGCAAUAGAGUCAAAGUGA